AUGAGGGCCAUCCUUGCGAGCGAAACCUUGAAGGUGCCUGAAGGCGUGACGGUACGCGUUAAGAAGCGGGAGGUUUUCGUUAAAGGGCCCCGGGGCGAACUCCGGAAGAGCCUUAAACAUAUACCUGCUGACUUUACGCUUUUGGAAAAGGGGCGCAAAGUGCGCAUCCAGGUGUGGCAAGGACGCCGAAAGGAUCUGGCAACUAUUAUGACGGCGGCCUCCGUUUUUAAGAACAUGUUUACCGGCGUCAUCAAGGGUUACUGUUACGAGCUUAGAGCCGUAUACGCGCACUUCCCGCUGAACAUGACGAUAUCCGAGAACGAUACAGUUCUAGAAGUGCGCAACUUUCUGGGAGAGAAGCGAGUCCGUCGAGUGCGAAUGCUCGGUGGCGCGAAGGUCUACCGUUCGAACACUGUGAAGGAUUGCUUGCUCGUCGUUGGAAACGAUAUCAACGAAGUUUCACAGUCUGCUGCUCUCAUCCACGAAACAUGCCUUGUGAAAAACAAAGAUAUUCGUAAGUUUUUGGAUGGGAUUUAUGUGAGUGCACGGACGAAUGCCGUAGAUGACGACGGCGUGGCGGUCACUGCAACGCACAAAUGCUGA